AUGAGGGCUUAUGGGGCGCUGGAGCCACCACAGGCCCUGCCAGCGGCGGCUUUGCUCCUAGGAUCCCUCCCACGGACAGCAGCGUCCCUUGGUUUCCUGCCAGGGCGGGGUUGUGUCCCCAGAAGACCUUCCAGGGCAGGUGGCGCCCCCAAGGGCCGGGCCAGGGGUGGUAGUGCUCCAUGGGGCCCUCCCAGGGGCAGUGGUGCCUCCAGGGGACCUCCCAAGGGCGGUGGCGCUAACAGGGGCCCUGCAAGGGCGGAGGUGUCCAUAAACCCUGCCAGGGGGAGCGGAACCGCCACGGGACCUCCAAGUGGCGGUGGCUCCCCAGGGGACCUUUCAGGGGCAGCGACACGCACAGGGGACCUCACAGGUGCAGAGGUACCCCAGGGGCCGUCCCAGGGGCGGUGGUGCCACCAGGUCGCCCGACAAGGAGCGGUAGUGCCCCCAGGGGCCCUUCCAGGGGCGUUUGUUCCUCCAGAGGCCCUCCCAGAUGGGGAGGCCUACCUAGGGGCCCACACAUGGGUAGCGGCGCCCUCUGGGGCCCUCCGAGAGGCAGCAGCACCCCAGGGGCCCAUACAGGGGUUAUGGCGCCCAUCAGAGUCCCUCCCAGGGGAAGCAGUGACCCCAGAGGCCCUCCCACAUGCCGAGGCGCCCCACGGGCCCUCCCAGGAGCAGAGGUGUCCCCAAGGUCCCACCCAGGGAUGGGGGCGCCCUCAAGAUCCAUGCCAGGCGGGAUCGCCCCCAGGAUCUAUGCCAGGGGCGGUGGCGCCACUAAGGGCCUUCAUAAGGGUGGAUGUGCCCCUAGGGCUUCUCCUUAGGAGCAUUAUCCACUUUCCAGGUUCCCUCCCAGGGGCCCUGCCAAGGACGAUGGCGUCCCUGGGGCGCUCUUACUGCUGUGGCAGUGCCCCAGGGACCCCUCAAGCGGUGGCGCCCUCAGCGGCCCUCCCAGGGACAGCAGAGCCCCCAGAACCCCUUCUAGGGACGGCUAGGGCCCGAGCCUUCCCAAGGGCCCUCUCAGGGGCAGCUGCCACCGUAGAGCCCCUGCUAAACUGUAUUGGCGCCUCUAGGGGCCCUCCCAAGGGCGGUGUUGCCCCCAAGGGACCUCCCAGGAGCGGCGUCGACCCCCGGGGACCUACCAGGGGCAGCCGCACCUCAUGGAGCCUUCCCAGGAGCCCUCCCAGGGGCAACUACGACCCCAGGGAUCCUGUCAGUGGGUAUGGGUGCCUCUAG